AUGGUUGACGCAGGAGAAAUCCUUUUUGGAGUUGGAUCAUUUCUGUCUUUGACAUUUACAACUUUUUUGAUUCUUGUCUAUAUUUUUGGCAGUUAUCCUAGGACGUUUGCUUUUCAUUUAGUUUUUAUGGUAUGCUUGAAUAAUUUUAUAUGGUCUUUUGCUGUAUUCCCUGCUAUAUUCUUUGAUUUAAUUACUGAAGACGCGUAUUUAAAUACAUAUCUUUGCAACAUUUAAGCUUUUUUAAUGUGCUUUUCAACUAAUAGCGGAUUUUUUUAUGUAAUAUCGAUAUCUUCAUCUCUUGUUAGGACUAUUAUAAAAAAAGAGGAUAUCUCUGAAGCCAUGAGGAAUCCACUCAAAUACUAUGGCCCUCUUAAUAUAUUGCUACCUCUUAUUAUGGCUAUAAUUCCAAUAACUGUGAGAAGAUAUGACCAUCUGGCUCCCUUUGAAAAUGUUUAAUGCUACUUAAUAGUAAAUGGACUUUAAGACGUAGUGGGUUUACUUUUGAGAAUAAUUAUAUUUUAUGCACCUUACAUUUUUGCUAUUACUUAUUAAAUUUGUACUAUAGUUAGGAUAUUAUCUUUUAUAAAAAAAUCUUCAUCUCUAAACAAUUCUGAAGUAAAUGAAAUAAAAACACUUAUUCUAUAUCCUAUCAUACUAUGCUUGACAUAAAGUUGGUUAAUUAUAAGCCGUACAUUUGAAAUAUUCGCUGAUAUAAAAAUUGAAUGGCUAAAUCAUAUUAAUUUAUUUUUCUUUUCUCUAGAAGGAUUUUUAAAUGUUUUAGUUUAUGGUAUAAUUUCGCUAGACAUCUGCAAAGGAAUUAGAGGUUUUUAAAAUAAAUCCUAGAUCUGGAAUAAAUAAACUAAUCAAUAAGAAUAAAGCAAUAUCAGCAAUAGUCAGAGUAGUAGUGAAUAUAUAGAGGAAAUAUAAGCACCUCUAAAAGAGAAGACUAAUGAUUAUUCAUCUGAAUUCACAAUAAAUACAAAUUACAAAAGCGAUACAUUUAUAUAUGAGAGAAAUAGCUCUGCUGAUAACUAUUGA